GAUAUAUUCUCUUUCAGGACACGGUUUUCACAUUUACGUCUCAAGUAGUUGACGAGUGAAGGUGCCUGGCAAGAGCUCAUACUCUGGGCGUCCAAUCGAGUAUUUCGCUUCGAACACAGGAGAGAGCCAGAGACAGGCGUUUGAAAUGGCACCGAACCUAACCACAGCAACUGCACUCUUUCUGGCGGAGACGGAGGGCUCUGUGGUGUACCAAACCAAGUCUCAAAAGCCAGCGUCGGUAGCUCGGUCGAGAUCGGCGCUUCAGAAGGAUCAAGUGGAGGCAGACGAGCCCGCGAAGCAGUACAAGUGGAACAUACGUUGGAGGAACGUGAUCGCGUUCCUUUAUCUCCACAUAUUCAGUCUGUACGGGCUGUACCUCACAUUCACAGCCGCGAAGUUUCAGACCAUCAUCUGGACCUACGCGUUCCUGUCUGCUGCAGGGCUCGGGGUGACGGCGGGCGCCCACAGACUCUGGUGCCACCGCUCCUACAAGGCCAAGUGGCCACUGCGCCUUCUCCUGUGUAUCUUCCAGACGGCCGCAUUUCAGAAUCACAUUUAUGAGUGGGUCCGCGACCACCGCGCACACCACAAGUUCACCGACACGGACGCCGACCCGCACAACUCGACGCGGGGUUUCUUCUUUUGUCAUAUCGGCUGGCUCAUGGUGAGGAAGCACCCGGACGUCAAGGCAAAAGGCAAGACCAUCGACAUGACCGACCUGGACAGCGACCCCAUCGUCGUCUGGCAACGCAGGACGUAUCUCGUGACGAUGCCUUUGCUGUGCUUCGUGCUGCCCGCCUGGGUCCCAGUCUACUGGUGGGACGAGGACCCCUGGGUCUCGUGGUACGUGGCGUCUGUGAUG